CGAAUGGCCCAAGAUCGUCUCCCAAUUCACCAGCAAGGGCCUCACCGAUCCCAAAGACCGCCUCCCCGCCCUCUCGGGCCUCGCCACGCUUAUGCAGACCAAGCUCCCACCCUCGACGCGCUACCUCGCCGGCCUCUGGUCCUCCGACAUGGCCUACUCCCUCCUGUAAAUCUCCCACCACGGCGCAGCCGCCCCGGCGGACUCCCAGCAGCAGCAGCAGCAGCAGCAGCAGCAGCAGCAGCCCAUCACCAUCACCCGCCGCAUGCCCAUCGUCCCGUACGCCCCAAGCUGGUUAUGGGCGUCCAUCGUCGGUCCCGUGCGCUACAUCGACCGGCAUCUGGACCAGUUCCGGUACCGGCGAUCAGGCGACGACGAGGUCAAGCCCGUGCUCCAGGUCCUGCGAGCCGCUACCGUGCCGCAGACGGCCGACGUGUAUGGUCCCGUCACGGCCGGAUUCGUCACGAUACGCGGGCAGGUGUUGGAUGUCAUGUACAACCUCCUCGGUGGAACCUGGCGUCCGGUGCUGCCAGGGAGACCGCCCGGGAAUGAUGAGGCAAUCGCGGGCUUGUUUAGGCGAUUCGUCAUGCUGAGAGCGGCAACGUAUAUCUGGGAUGGGACGAUGUCGACUCAGAGGACUGAGGUGGUGGCGCUGUUGUUGGCCAGGGUCGAUGUGGAUAGGGGAGACGGAUUUCAGGAGGUGUGUAGGAGACAGGGCGUGGUGUUGCACGCCUUUGAUAGUGACAAGGUAUGGAAUGGCGUGGAGGUGAAGACGAUCAUCAUUACUUGAUGUAUGCCUGUUCAGUUGCAGACAUUCUUGUUUCCAGCAUUUAAUGUCAUGCCCGAGUUUCUCCCUCUGAAAGAUCACCCCACAGACUUUGAGCUUGCUCCAGACAAGAUGAAUGAAUACUGUCUGUUCCUUGAGACGAUGCAAAUUACAAUAACAGUGCUUCACCCCUCAAGUCACCAGAAACUCCCGUC